AUGAUGAAAAUUUGUCCACCAGUGAAAAAAGUAGGAAAAGAUUGGGAUUACAAGGGUCGCAACGAGAUUGUUCAAAUUUUCUUGGAUCACGAUAAUAUCAUCAAUUAUAUUCAAUUUCAAUAUGUUGAUGAGAAUGGAGCCCUGGUAUUAUCUGAUGGACAUGGACGGGUUAAUGGAAUCAAAUUUACUGCUGUGAAGUUCAAAUAUCCAUCAGAGUAUCUUAUUUGUGUUAGUGGUACCAACUGCAUCAUCUAUGGAACUCUAACUUCAAUAACAUUUGUCACCAAUUUGGAAACGCAUGGGGCUUUCGGUAAUCCUUCGGAGAAUGACACAAAGUUCUAUUAUCAUUUGGGACAAGAAGGACAAUUUGGAGGAUUCCACGGCACUGCUGAUGAUCUUUGCGUUAGAUCCUUCGGUAUAUACUUCAAGCCAAUCACUUCUCUCGACUCACCGAAGAAGGUUAAAGAUGAUCCUGAAGUUCGUUCCGAAUACUUUAUUGUCUAA